AUGUCAAUAUUAUCAACUUCGUCCGAAACUAAACAAUUAAAAGCUACUGAAAUUUUCAAUGAUUUUGCAACUAUUGGUUUAAAUCAAGAAAAAAUCUUAACAUUACCAGAUUUUAUUAAUAUUUUAUCACCUUUCCAAACUGAUAUUCCAAAAUCAACUUUUUCAUUAUUAUAUCUUAUUGCAGAUACUGAAAAAAAGGGAUUUGUAAAUGAAUUAAAUUGGAUUAAUUUUAUAAAUACUUUAACUUCAACUGAUGGAGAAUAUAAAUUAUUAUAUAAAUUUUUAUCAAAUUCAAAUACUAUAAAUUCUAAAAUUAGUUAUGGUCAAUGUGUUGAUAUUUUAAACAAAAUAAAUUCUUCCAUUGAUCCAAAUUAUCAACAAAAAUUAAUUAAAUUAAAUUGGAUUUAUUUCCCAAAAUUUUUUGAACCACAAGGAUUUAUUGAAUUUAAUGAUUUUGUGACAUUAAUUAGUUAUUUACCAGUUACUAAAUUAAUUGGAAGUUUUGAUAUAACAGCCAAUAAAAGUAAAUUACUUAGUGGUGAACAAUUAAUUGGUUUAUUAACUACCAAUUUAAAUCAUAAAUUAUCAAAUAAAUUGAAAAGUAAUUUACAUAGUAUCACAGGAUUUUUUGAUGAUAAAAAAUUCUAUUCAUUGUCAAAUGUUUUGUUUAUUUAUGAUACGUUAAGUAAAGUUGAUUUAAUUAAUGAGGUUAUUGUAAACACUCCACCAACCACCAAAGACAAAGAUGAUAUUGUUAUUAAUAAACAAGAUUUAUACAAUCAUUUAAAUGAUCCAUUGUUAAAAUCAGCUAAUUUCAAAUCAGUUAGUGCUUUGGAAUUAGAUUUAUUGUUCUAUUUAAUUAAUCAAAAAACUGGUGAUGACAUUUCAAGAAAACAAAUGAUUUCAUUCCUUAAUCCAAAUCUCAAUAACAACAUUAAUACCAUAGAACCAAUAUUUGAACAUCCUCAAAGUUCAUACUCAACUUCACAACCAAGUGAUAAUUUUUCAUUGUGGCCAAUUUAUGAUUCAUUAUAUUCUUUUUUCCUUGGGUCUAUAGCUGGUUGUAUCGGUGCCACAGCAGUUUAUCCAAUUGAUUUAGUUAAAACUAGAAUGCAAGCUCAAAAACACAAAGCCUUAUAUGAUAAUUCCAUUGAUUGUUUCAAAAAAAUUUUAAGAGCAGAAGGAUUCAAGGGUUUGUAUUCGGGUUUAGGAGCACAAUUAGUUGGUGUUGCCCCAGAAAAAGCUAUAAAAUUAACUGUUAAUGAUUUAGUGCGUAAAAUUGGUACUGAUGAAAAUAAUGGUAAAAUUACUAUGAAUUGGGAAAUUUUAGCUGGUUCGUCAGCAGGUGCAUGUCAAGUCAUCUUUACAAAUCCUUUAGAAAUUGUUAAAAUUAGAUUACAAAUGCAAGGUAAUACUAAAAAUUUAAGUAAACCUGGUGAAAUCCCAAUUAAACAUCUUACUGCAUCACAAAUUAUAAAACAAUUAGGUAUAAAAGGUUUAUAUAAAGGAGCUUCUGCAUGUCUUUUAAGAGAUGUACCAUUUUCAGCUAUAUAUUUCCCAACUUAUGCAAAUUUGAAAAAAUAUAUGUUUGGAUUUGAUCCAAAUGAUGCAACAAAAAAGCAAAAAUUAUCAACUUGGCAAUUAUUAGUAGCUGGUGCAUUAGCAGGUGCUCCAGCUGCAUUUUUCACAACUCCAGCUGAUGUUAUAAAGACAAGAUUACAAGUUGCUGGUAAAAAGAAUGACAUAAAAUAUAAAGGUAUAAUCGAUUGUGGUAAAGCAAUUUUAAAAACUGAAGGUAUUUCAGCUUUUUUUAAAGGAUCUUUAGCAAGAGUGUUUAGAUCUUCACCUCAAUUUGGUUUUACAUUAGCAUCAUAUGAAUUAUUACAAAAUUUAUUCCCAUUACAUCAACCAGUUACAAGAGAAUCUAAUUUCAAAGCAAUAAGUGGAUAUCCAGGAGUUUAUAAUUUAACAAAUGAUCAAGUUUAUAAAUCUCAACAAAAUGGUGAUAGAUUAAUUCAUUUACAAAAAUCUCAAAUUGAUAGUAAUAUAACAAAAGAACAAGAUCAAUUAGUUAAAUUACCAGCUGAUUAUAUAUAUAAAUCUCAAGAUGCUAUAAAAUUAUUAUUAGAUAUUGAUUAUAAAUUUGGUAAUUUUAAUUAUCAAAGUUAUUUGAAUUAUAUUCAAAAAAAAUAG